CACUUUUACUUCUACUUCCCCUAGAUGGGAUCAAUGGAAACGGGGGUUUCUUUGAAGCGAGGCGCAGUGCUCCGCUCGUCUCCCUCGGCCGCCGGCCGUUGGUUUUUUCAACGACCGAGGUCCAGGAUAGCGCGCUUCCUUCUUUUCGAGAAGGUCGACUAUGUCCAGUGGAUUUGCACAGUUGCCGCCUUCUGCUUCGUCGUCAUCCUCUUCCAGGCAUUCCUCCCCGGUUCUGUCUUGGAGAAGUCCACGAGUCGGCGCACCUUUGAUGUAGACCGAGGUUUAGUGAAUAGUAGUUUCCGCGAAUUGGAGUUCGGGGAUGGGAUUCGUUUUGUGCCGACGAAGCUGCUGGAGAGGUUUGAGAGGGAAAGGAAGGAGGCGGAUUUGUUCUUCAAAGUAUCGGGGAGGCCGAUGAGGCGGGCGGGGCUCAGAAAGCCGCGGCUGGCACUGGUGGUUGAUGGACUUUCGCCGGAUGCUAUGCAGCUGCAGAUGGUUAGCAUUGCCGUUGCUCUGAAGGAGAUGGGAUACGACAUUGAGCACUUUGUUUCUCUAGUGAUUACCCUGGCUGUUACCCUUGCACGCUCAGUUGUCACACUUAGCCGCUCGUGA